CAAACGGCUGUCGACUUGAAGAACCAAGGAAACAAGGCUUUCGCAGCUGGAGAUUACCCUGCGGCAAUCAACUUCUACACCAAGGCCAUCGAGGCCGAUCCCACCGAGCCCACGUUCUUCACCAACAGAGCCCAAGCGUACAUCAAGACAGAAGCAUACGGAUAUGCGAUUGCCGACGCUGACAAGGCACUCGAGCUCAACCCGAACCUGGUCAAGGCAUACUUCCGCCGAGGCCUCGCCCGCACUGCGAUCUUGAGACCCAAGGAGGCCAUCGAGGACUUUAAAGAAUGCGUUCGGCUAGACCCCAACAACAAGGAUGCGCGACUCAAGCUGGAGGAAUGCAAAAAGAUUGUGCGCCAAUUGGCCUUUUUCGCAGCCAUCGAGGUGGGCGAUGAGCCUUCGGCUGCGGAAGGGCUCGACCUGGAGCACAUGGUCGUUGAGGAGGGCUAUGACGGAGUGCGGCUGGGCGACGAGAUGACCCAGGAGUUCAUCGACGACAUGACUGAGCGAUUCAAGAACGGCAAGCUCAUUGCCAAGAAAUACGUCUAUCAGAUCCUCAUUGCCGUCAAGAAGAUUGUGUACGAGGAGCCCACGAUGGUGGAGGUGGACGUUCCUGAGGGAGUCGAACUUACAGUCUGCGGUGACACUCACGGCCAGUACUUUGAUCUCAUGGAGCUGUUCCGGCGCAAUGGCAGCCCAUCUGAUAAGCAUUGGUACUUGUUCAACGGCGAUUUCGUCGAUAGAGGGUCUUGGUCUACCGAGAUCGCAUUACUGCUGUACGCCUACAAGUGGCUGCGACCCAAGGGUUUCUUCCUGAAUAGAGGAAACCACGAGACGGACGACAUGAACAAGGUGUACGGCUUCGAGGGAGAAUGCAAGGCCAAGUACAACGAAAGGAUAUUCAGGCUAUUCUCCGAGAGCUUCUCCGCAUUGCCCCUGGCGACGCUGAUCGGAUCCAAGUACCUGGUUCUCCACGGCGGCUUAUUCUCCGAUGAUAAGGUCACGUUGGACGACAUUCGCAAGCUGAACCGACACGCACAGCGCCAGCCCGGUCAGGCGGGCCUGAUGAUGGAGAUGCUGUGGACCGAUCCUCAAGACGAGCCCGGCCGAGGACCCAGCAAGCGAGGCGUCGGCAUGCAGUUCGGCCCCGACGUCACCAAGCGUUUCUGCGAGAACAAUGGCCUCGAGGCCGUCAUCCGAAGUCACGAGGUGCGCAUGGACGGCUACGAAGUGCAGCACGAUGGCAAAUGCAUCACAGUCUUCUCCGCCCCGAGAUAUUGCGACUCAACCGAGAACAGGGGCGCUUACAUCAACAUCGGACCUGAUUAUAAGCUGCGAUUCGAGCAGUUCGACGCGGUACCGCACCCGAACAUCCGGCCAAUGACUUGAAGCCAAACAGAGGACAGGCGAGUAAGGACUUGGAAGAGCCUGAGAAUGUUUCUCUAGCACCUAGUUGUCCAAAGGGGUAUCAAGUUAGAGAAAAGAGUGAAAGAACCUGAGAAGGACCUGAGAAAGACGGCCAUUUAGAGGCACUACUUAGAUAUACCCCGUUGUAGAUUAGGU